AUGCCUGAGUGGCCUGCCCUUCCCUUCUUUCCAUACCCGCCUUCCAAGGCUGGCUACUGGAACCCCGUUACGUCGACCUUGAAUUGGUGCGAGGAGGAUUACUAUGUGACCAUCUACUCCGCCGAGAUUGUCAACGCUCUGACAAACCUUCUGUUUAUGUGGCUCGGAAUCAAAGGGCUACGCAGCUGUAGGCGCAAUGGACAUGAUUCGAUCUUUGAAGUGGCGUACUAUGGUUAUCUCCUGGUUGGAACGGGGAGUUUCCUGUUCCAUUCGACCCUGAAAUAUCCCAUGCAACUCGUUGACGAGCUUUCUAUGAUUUACACCACAUGUUUGAUGUGCUAUGCGUCCUUCUCUUACUCGAGACCGACAAGCGUCCGUGUAUUCCUAGCCAUUGCGCUGACCGGUCUGGCCGUCUUCAUCACCCUCUAUUACCACUACCUUCAAGACCCUGUCUUCCACCAGAAUGCAUACGCUCUCCUGACCAUUGUCGUCGUCCUGCGGAGUAUGUACACCAUGGAGGUAACCCUUCGCCCUAAAUGGCGACACACCACCGAGGAUGACCGGAUAGCGCGCGAGAAGCAGGGUCUACCCGUUCCUUCGAAGGAUCAUCAACAUUACGAGAAUGUGCGAGAUGUCAAGAUUCUGAAGACCAUGUGGUUCAUGGUUAUUUAUGGACUGAGCAUGUUCCUCGGCGGUUUCUUUAUCUGGAACUUGGAUAACCACUUUUGCACUAAGAUCCGCGGAUGGCGGCGGGUAGUGGGGCUUCCGUGGGGUAUGUUCCUUGAAGGUCAUGGCUGGUGGCAUCUUAUGACCGGUAUUGGUGCGUACCUCUAUAUAAUUUGGGGCAUUUGGCUGCGCCACUGCUUGAACAACCGUCAAGAGGAGUAUUACCUGUGGUGGCCGCACAUCUGGAACUUCCCCGAGAUCAUCCGUAUUAGCUCCAAAGACAAGGGCGAAAAUGGCGUGGCCAAGAAAUCAAACUAG